ACUAUAUAAGCAAUUGAUUUAAACAAAACAAAAUACACUUUUGGCUGUAUAUCUACUGAUCGUUUCAAAUACCAUAACAUAAUGUUGAAGAUUGUAUUAGUAUUGUCGGCGGUCGCCCUUUGUUACGCCUGGGCUACACCCGCUCCAACACCCGUCCCAACACCCACUCAAGAUCCGGUGGACUACUUCUGUACCCGAGACGGCUAUAUGCCCACUGUAGAUGUCCAUAAGUACUAUCAGUGCGAGCGUAUUGGACCCCAUCAGUGGAGAAUCGUUAUAAAGUCCUGUCCGGAAGGCCUCGUCUGGCAUCAAGAGCUCAAGAGAUGUGACUUUGAAUAA